GCCGGGAGCCCGGAACCGCCAUGGCCGGCAGCGGCAGCGGGCCCGCGCUGGAAACCAUCCAGGCGGAUGGGACGGACGGGAACUGCGUCACGUUCGUGCUGCACGACGAGGAUCACACCCUGGGCAACUCCCUGCGCUACAUGGUCAUGAAGAACCCUGACGUGGAGUUCUGUGGCUACUGCAUCACACACCCCUCAGAAAGCAAGAUCAACUUCAGGAUCCAGACCAGAGGGGCCCUUCCUGCUGUGGAGCCAUUCCGGAAAGGGCUGAAUGACCUGAUGGGUGUUUGCCAACACGUGCUCAACACCUUUGAGAGGAGCAUGAAGGAGUUCAGGGCACAGAAGGAGGAGGAGAUGCAGUAGCCUUUGGGAGUGGCAUGGAUGUAAUCUCUGUUGAAUUCCCUGUGUCCAAACAAGGGUUUUUUUUUUUUUUGUUGUUUUUUUAUUACUUUGCUGCAAAAUGUAUUUUCUUUAAUAAUAAAGUUUAUUCAUUUAGAUGCUGCAGAGCUCAUGAUGUGUUCUGCUCAGCACAGGGAUGGAAAGUCAUAGAAUGUGGAGACAGACUGCUCCACAGAUUGGGAAAUUUGGGAAAAUUCUCCAAAUUUGGGAAACUUUUUGCUCUACGGAUUGGGAAAGUGGGCUGUGUUGAUAUUCCUCAGUCUCUGUUUUCCUUGAAACCCA